CGGGGUGUUAGCCGAAAGUAGACUGAAGCACACACACACACCUGCUUUAUCUCACACACCCUGCAAUCAUGAAAGUGGCUACUCUGAGCUGUGUUUCUCUUCUCCUUUUCCUGUCUGCUGUCAUAUCAGCAGAUCAAAGGUCCCAGCCCCGAGAGGCUGAGUGUGAAAAGUAUGCGACUCUAACAUGCACCCGUGAGUUCGACCCAGUGUGUGGUGACGAUGGCGAAACAUACUCAACCGAAUGUGUUCUCUGUAUGGAAAAUAAAAAGCGAAACCAACAUGUGAAGGUGAUGCACAAGGGAAUGUGUGGAAGUCCUUAAGUCUACCACACAGAGGAAUUCCUCUACAUUGCAAUGAGAAGACAGACCAAGAGAUCUGUUCCCUAAUCAUAAGCCAGGAAUUCCUGCGAUACGGUCAUCUGACUAAUCUCUAAAUUCUGUUCAUGAACAAUUAAAAGAUCUAAGCAUU